AUGAACAUUUCACUUAGAAACAAUCAACAAGCAACUUAGCAAUUAGAUCCUUAAAGAUAAAAUGAAAAGCACAGAGGUUUCCAGAGCAAGGAAGUAGGACCACUUAAUCAGAUCGAUAUGAAUAAUUCAUAUGACUACAAGAAAAAUACUGAUGAUCUUCAACUUUAAUACGAUGAAGAGAAUGAUGAGAAGACUACUGCCAGGGAAACUGAUGUAAUACAAAAACUCAAUUAUCUCAAGAAUGCAGUAAAGUAGCUAUAACAAGAAGGAAUAAAAUAUCCAAUAUAAGCUCACUUAGAGAAUCUCAUGAAGCAAGCUAACAGUUCAUCAAUGCCUAGUGUCAUUUCAAGCCCUACAUCAACUGAGAGAGAUAGAAAAUUAUCUAAGAAUUCUAGGAGAUCAAGGUAGGAAAGAAAGAACAAAACUUAAACAGCAGUUGAUAAUGUCUAUGGUGAUCCAAGCUAGACUAUGUAUAGAAAUAGAGGGGAUAUUGCAUCUUAGCAAACUAAUUUUAGUGAAAUAGAAUUUGUUAGAAGAAGUUAAGAAGAUAUUAAAAAAACUGGAUCAACAUUAGUGAGUGAUGAAAAGAAUAAAGGCUCAAGAUCAAAGAGAUACACAAAUAACCUAGACUCUUAAAAUACAGGAGAGAAUAUUAACAUCGAUGAUCAGCAUAGUAAAAAGCAAAUAACAAAUAAUAAGACUUAAGAGUAUACACCAGUUUAGUACAGAGCAAAGGUUUAUUCCACUGUGGGAAAUAUACGCAAUGAAAACUCCAAAGAAAGAGAAUAUUUUAGUGCUUAAACAAUAAAGGAGAUUAAUCAAAAUUAAGUAUCAAAUGAUAUCCCCUAGUUGCUGCAGUUAGAAUAGCUCUAGACAAAAAAACUAGAGAAAAAGCUUAAGAGAUAUAGAGAAAAAGUUGAUAAAUAUAAAAGCGAAUCACACAAAAAAUCAUCAGAGCUCAAAUUAGCUUAAGGCUCUAUUGCUAAUCUGAUUAAACAAAACGAAGAGCAGAAGUAAUACUAUGAUUAUCAUAUUAAUCAGUUUAUUCAAAUUCAGAGAGAAUCAGAUCUUGAAAAAGCCUAGUAAUCUGAGGAACUAAGAAUUUUAAGAAGCUAACUCUCAGAAAGAGAUGAUAAAAUUGAUAUCAAGUUGAAGCAAAUUUAGUAAAUCAAUUAGGAUUUAACUAAAGAAAAUCAUAACCUUAUCAAAAUCUUAAAUGAUGAGAAAUAAAUCAUUGAAAUUGAUAAAAUUAGGGGUAAUAUGAAUAAGCUAAUUGAUGAGAGUCUCAAAGAUAAAAAUGUAAUUGAUAAGUUGCAGAAAACCAUUGAGAUUUAGGACUAGGAACUUUAGAAAAACUAAAGGAAAAUGGAUAGAAAGAAUGAUAAGAUAGAGGAACUUGAGCGAGGAUUAUCAGAGCUGAGUGAGAAAUUAAAAAAUGAUUAUCGAAAUGAAAAUUAACUCAGAAUGGAUAACUUAGCUUUAAAUAAAUUACUAGCUGAAGUAGUGAAGUAUUGCUAACUUUCUAAUUUUAAUCAGAUACUCCCAUUCUUAUAAGAUCUUAGCAAGCAAAAUAAGCAAACAUAUAAGUUUGUAGAGAAGCUACAAAAACUAAUGAUUACCAAAACAAUCUAUCAAAGGCACCCUGAUGUGAAAGAUCUAUGGAGGUGGGUCAAAAGUCUAUGCAGAGCAUAAGAAGAACAGCCUUUAGUUGUAAAUUUAUAUUUGAGCUAAAAAAAAUCCAGAAUAGAUUCACAGUCACCUUCAGCUAUUAAGCCAAGACAAAGUCCUAAUACUCAUGAUAAAAAUGAACAUUUUCAAUACGAUUAGAACUACCUUUCUACUAUGAAAGUUUAACAAGUAUAGUUAGACAGAGAUCAUGAGUUUACAUUAAGACAAUAAGAGCCAAUUAUAUCAGGGGAAUUUUAAAAAUUAACUGCAACAUAGCAAAUACCUUCUUAACUAAAUAAUAGUAAAUAGCAAACAUAUGAGCAACUCAGGAGUGAAAACCAGUAUAUGGAUCAUAUUUUGGGCAAAGUCAAAGACCUCCUGAGUCUAGACAAGGAAAUUGCACUAAUAGAUGUUGAAAUGUAUUUAAAUCACGCCACCCAGGGCAUAAACAAUUAGAACUAGCGAAGAAAACAAUGA